UCUCGCGAUAACUCACUCUCAAGCUCUUACUCACCAGCUUAAAGGGCUGCCAAAAGUUAGUCUUUAUACCUAAGAUAAAAAUGCUGAAUAGUUAUGGAUGAGACUGCUUUGCGGUGUAUUGACUUGUCCUUGUACAAUAAAUGACACGCUGCGUUACUGGCUGUCUCAUAGUGAAGUCGGUAACGACAAAAUGAUGCCUAUGCUAACCAAAAGACGGUUAGCAUUCAAGUUUCAGGCGAGACUCGGGGACAUCUGAGGAGUCACAUUAGCAACAGCGAGAGGUACCGUAGCAACUGCAGACGCUCGUUCACCGUGAAAGCUAUCAGUGCACAACAACGGUUUUGUUAUACUCAGCGAUUACAACAGAGCAAACAGCCACAAUGAGACUGAAAACAUCGCUCUUAAAGGAACCUAAACAUAAGGAACUUGUGAGUUGUGUGGGUUGGACUACAGCAGAUGAAUUGUACUCAUGCAGCGAGGAUCAUCAGAUCCUCAAGUGGAAUCUGCUCACCAAUGAAACCAGUCUUGUUGUCAGAUUGCCAGAAGAGAUUUAUCCUGUUGACCUACACUGGUUCCCCAAGACUGCUGGUGGCAAAAAACAGAGCCAAGCAGACACUUUUGUACUCACCAGCACUGAUGGGAAGUUUCACCUGAUUUCCAAGAUGGGACGUAUUGAGAAGAGUAUCGAAGCACACAAAGGAGCUGUUUUAGCUGGGAGAUGGAACUAUGAAGGAACUGCUCUUAUCACAGCUGGAGAAGACGGACAGAUUAAGAUCUGGUCAAAAAGUGGGAUGUUACGCUCAACACUAGCCAACCAAGGGUCUCCUGUUUAUUCUGUGGCCUGGAGUCCAGACUCGGACAGAAUACUCUACACAUUAGGAAGGCAGCUUUUCAUCAAGCCUCUACAACCAAGCGCCAAAGUUUUACAGUGGAAGGCACAUGAUGGACUUGUGCUGAAAGUGGACUGGAAUUCAGUCAAUGAUCUCAUCUUGUCAGGUGGAGAAGACUGUAAAUAUAAGGUGUGGGACAGCUUUGGACGUCUGCUUCACGUAUCGUCCUCUCAUGACUACCCAAUCACCUCUCUGUCCUGGGCUUCUGAUGGGGAAGUUUUUGCUGUGGGCUCCUUCAACACCCUGCGGCUCUGUGACAAGACCGGAUGGUCCUAUGCACUGGAGAAACCUAACACAGGCAGUGUGUUCAGCUUGGCCUGGUCUGCAGACGGCACCCAGCUGGCCGGGGCCUGCGGAAACGGACAUGUCAUCUUUGCCCAUGUGGUGGAGCAGCAUUGGGAAUGGAAGAACUUUGUCAUCACUCUUACCAAGAGGAGAACCAUGCAGGUGAGGAAUGUGCUGAACGAUGCAGUAGACAUACUGGAGUUUAGAGAUCGUGUCAUCAAAGCCUCACUGGGAUACGGUCACCUGGUUGUCGCCACUUCCCUUCAGUGCUACGUCUACAACUCAAGAAACUGGAAUACUCCUCUCAUCUUUGACCUGAAGGAGGGAACAGUCAGCCUCAUCCUGCAAGCAGAGAAACAUUUUUUACUCGUGGAUGGAGCAGGGUUGUAUACAUUCUCCUAUGAGGGUCGUUUGAUAUCUUCCCCCAAGUUUCCUGGUAUGAGAGCUGACAUCCUAAGUGCCCAGUGCGUCUCACUUAGCAACGAUACAAUUGCCAUUCGAGACAAGAGUGAUGAAAAAGUGAUCUUUUUCUUUGAGGUCUUGACUGGAAAAGCUCUUGGCGAUGGGAAGCCCCUGACUCACAAGCUAGAGGUGAUGGAAAUGGCUUUGGAUCAGUGUGGCCCAUCCAUUGAGAGGAAAGUUGCACUGAUUGACAAGAAUCGUGACUUGUACUUGACCUCAGUGCAUCAUCUUGGGCGAGAACCCAAAAUCUGCAAAAUUGGUAGCAUGGUUCACAGUAUGGCGUGGAAUGAUUCCACUAACAUCCUAUGUGGAAUCCAAGACAAUCAGUUAACAGUGUGGUGCUACCCAAGUGUUGUAUUCACAGACAAGGAACUACUCCCAAAAACACUAUACAUAAAAGACAGCAGUGAAUUCAGCCGUGCACCCCACAUUCUGAACUACGUUGCCACCAAAGUGACAUUACGCCAAGGAGACGGUUCAUUGGUGUACAGCAGUGUGCCUCCUUAUCCUGCCCUCCUGCAUGAAUACAGCACAUCUGCCCGCUGGGAGGAUGCACUACGUCUCUGCUGUUUUGCCAAAGACCAGUCUUUAUGGGCAUGUCUUGCUGGUAUGUCAAUGGCAAACAGGGAGCUGACCACUGCAGAGAUGGCUUAUGCUGCCAUUGGAGAGCUACCCAGGGUGCAGUAUAUCAACUUUAUUAAGGAGCAGCCAUCUAAAGAGUCCUCUUUGGCCCAUAUGCUGCUGUUCAGUGGUCAAGUCCAGGAAGCUGAGUCAACACUAUUACAAGCAGGUCUCAUCUACCAAGCCAUACAAGUGAACAUUGACCUUUUCAACUGGGAAAGGGCACUGGAGCUGGCAGUCAAACACAAAACCCAUGUGGACACCGUGCUGGCCUACAGGCAGAAGUUCCUGCAGAAAUUUAGCAGGAAGGAGACCAAUAAGAGAUUUCUGCAGUACUCUGAAGGAGUUGAAGUGGACUGGGAAAAAAUCCAGGCAAAGAUAGAGAUGGAGUUGUCUAAAGAGAGAGAAAGGGCUGCUUUCGUGUCUGUGAGGAGCAGUGUGGCCUCACGCCGCUAAUUUACAGGGUUUUCAUAUUUGGUGGUUUCACUCCACCUCAGCAUGAUACAAAGUCUUUACUUGUGUCCACCAUAACUUAAAACUUAAUGUUGAAACCAAAGCAGAGAUGUGGAGAUGGAGAUGGACAUGAAAUAUAUGACUAUGACUCUUAAACUAAAGACAUGCUUGUAACAAACUUGUCAUGAGGCACAUACAUGGCUGUUGGCUACUAUAGCUGGUUAAUAACUUUUUUGACGAGUGUCUUCAUUUCUACGAACUACUGUUUAUUCCCCUACACGUACACUUCAGCCCUGAACCUUUCUAUUACUAGAACUGAACACAAUAGGCUGCAUUUUAGAUAAAAAAUGUCUGAGUCAGAUAGAUUGGACUCUGUGCAGUUAUGUCCAGGCAGCUCCAUGUUGUGAAGUCCAGAAAAGACAUAAUGAGACCGUCUAUGAAUUGUGUGGAUGAUAAACAGCCAGCAAAUGUGCAUGCUGAUGAAAAGAUUUUUUUUUUCUCUGUAUAAACAUGCAUUCUGAUUUCCACUAUUGUCUAUAAUUUUGGCUUUAUCUUAAUACAUUUAAUACUAAUAACGCAAAACAGUAAACACUAUUGAAAUGUCUAAGUUGUCGUCCACAAUGUGCUGUGAGCAAAACAGUGAUUUCUGUAACAUGUUUUUUUCAUUAUCCUACCUUCUGUUUGCACUACCUGGACUAACAGGUACUAACACUGGAGGAUCUUUUUAACACUUCCGUGUUGUUUCUACACAUCUACUUUUGUUUUUUAAAGCGUAUAUCUAAUAUUAUAAACACUUACUUCUGGAAAGACUAGAAAUAAUUUCAGGUAAUAAAGCAAAUGAGAAGCAACAUA